UUACGUGAAUGCUUCAUGAAAUUACCACCUGAAAUUGGAAAUUUGGAGAAACUUGAGAAGCUUGAUCUUGAUGAGACUCAGAUCACACAUCUGCCAAAAGAGGUCCAAAAGAUAUUGAGGUUAGAACAUGGCUUCAAUUGGGGUGUCAGAGAUGCUUGGAAACCCCAUUAAGUUGAGUGGUGCAGCAAGGUCAGCACCAUCAGCUUCUACCCCUGCCACCUUCAAGACUGUGGCACUCUUUGGUAAGAAGAAGGCAGUACCACCUCCUCCUUCAAAGAAAGCUGCUGCUGCUAUCACUCCUGCCAAUGAUGAACUCGCCAAGUGGUUUGGUCCUGACAGAAGGAUCUUCUUGCCAGAGGGUCUCUUGGACCGAUCCAAGAUCCGACCAUACUUGACUGGAGAAGUGCCCGGAGACUAUGGUUAUGAUCCUUUUGGUCUCAGCAAGAAGCCAGAGGACUUUGCCAAGUAUGUCUUAACACUUUUUUUCAAACUUGAUAUAUAUCCUUUUGGUCACAUUAGUUUACGAACUGCUUUUCAUACAUUUAUUAUUUGAAGUAUACUAGUUAAUCCCUUUUUUCUGA